CUUGUGUUUUAUUUACAUUAUCAUUUAGCAUUAAUUUAUUACAAAAUCAGCAAUUGUGCCUUAUUUCCGCGUUCACAUGCAAUGAUGUUUAUAUUUAAAAAUGACGUCACGUGAUUAUGAAUUUAUUUUUACAUUGAUUUGUAGGUUACUUACUUUCACUCGAACCUCCCUCCACUAGACAAAGAAGAAUAUUUUUAUCAAUUCAGUAUGUCGUUUGUAUUAACACAUAACAAACAUAUAAAAUGUUUACGCGAAGUAUAUUUCUUACCUGCUUCUUGUUUUUCUGUUUUACACUGAGUGUUUUUGUGUUUUUGUUAUGUUUCGAUUUCAAGCCAGUCGAUCAAUAUAAACUAGAAAAAGUGGUGUUGCUCAGUCGUCAUAAUCUGCGGACGCCUUUGUCGAAAAACUUAAAAAAGUUAACACCUCAAACCUGGCCACAGUGGAAAGAAGAGCCAGGAUAUUUAACAGAAAAAGGUUUUAUAUUAGAAGGCUAUAUGGGAACGUUUUUUAAAAACUGGCUGUAUACAAAGGGACUAUUAUCUAGUGACUGUCCAGAUGAAAAUGAAUUUUAUGUGUAUGCAAAUAAUGUUCAAAGAACGAUGGCAUCGGCCCAAGCUUUUGUAACAAAUACAUUUCCUCAUUGCAACGUGACCGUGCAUCAUUCAAACGAAAAUUACGAUCCUAUAUUUAGUCCGUACAUUCACAAUCAUACAGAGAUCUUUAAGAAACUAGCUCUUGAUGAAAUGUCUGCUUUAUUACAAAAUAUGGACUUAAAAACUCAAUAUGAAACUCUUGAACGUAUUUUAGAUUUUCAAGCAUCUGAUUUAUGUAAAUUAGAGAAUAAAUGUGAUAUGGACGGUGAAGAAAAUAAUAUAGAUAUUGUUGUAGGAUCGAAACCGAUACUUAAAGGGCCUUUGAAACUUAGCAAUGAGGCUAUAGAUGCGUUUUUAAUGGAGUACUACAGUGGGUUUUCAUUAGACAACGUUGCGUGGGGUCAGUUAUCAAAGAAAAAUGAAUGGCAGGCAAUUUUGCCCAUAUCACAAAGUUACCACAAUAUUAUUUUUAAUAUUAGUAUAAUAGCUAAGGAUAUAAGCUAUCCGCUUCUCAAAUACAUGUCAAAAAUACUUAUAAAUGACAAUAAAAAAGUAUCACUUCUCAUGGGUCAUGACGCAAAUAUAAAUGUUGUGUUAAAUGCAAUGGAAUUUAAACCUUUUGUGCUAGAAAAUGAGUUUGUUAAUACCCCGAUAGGUGGUAAGGUGAUUUUCCAAAAAUGGUUUGACGUUCACAAUAAGGAGUAUUUAUUGAAAAUACAGUAUGUGUAUCAAAGUGCUAAACAGUUGAGAAAUGCAACAGUUUUAAAUGAAGACAAUCCACCGCUAUUUAAAGAUUUAGAAUUAAAUAAAUGCCCUGUGAAUGAAGAUGGAUUUUGUUCUUGGGAUGUGUUUGUUGAUUUUUUAAAUAGUAUUGGCGAAAAAGCAGCAAAAGGCUUUUGGAUAAAAGAGCGAAGGUUACCCCCAGAAAUUCUGGGAACAACUUAUGCGGAAUAUUGUGAUCUGAUAAACAGAAUGUACGACGCAUACCUCAAUAGUGUACAUUUGCAGAGAGCACCCUAUAUCAUGGCUAUUAUUAGUGUGCUCAUGAAACGUAUGUUCGAGCUACGAAAUGAGCUAGUCAAUUUAAUAGUAAAUGACUAUAUUUACGUAGAUCAAGCUUUGAUAAACACUCGACGGACACCUUUUGAUAUUCAGAUAGUUAUACCAUACCAUUUACCACUAGAAAGUAGAGAGGACUCGAUGGAACGAUUGCUUCAAAAGAUGUGGGCUGAUGCGGUUGAGAGGAAGAAAUCACCUCCGAAAACGACGCCCGUCACACCUAGUAUCUUUGACGGGGAUUUCCCUGUAGAAGAUAAUGCGCCUACUUUUAUUUCUGAGCAACAAAUUUACAAAGAUGAAAGUGUACACACGGUAUAUUCUGAAGAGUACCUCCAAGCUGUAAUAAUACAAACACACGAAAGAUAUAGGCAGUUUUUCAUUGAAGAUUUCAAAUCCAAAUGCAGAAGAAGAAGACUAUAUUUUGCCGAUUCCGCACAAGAGGCUCCAUUUUAUUUAAAACGAGCGGCGGCCAUGUUGAUUCAGAAAGUUUAUCGGAAAUAUAUGCUUAUCAAAAGGCAACGGAUUCUCGAGUACAAAAGGGAUGUAUUGUUAGGCUUGGUGCCAGAUCCGUUUCAACCACACAUCAGUUUCGAAGAAGAAAAUAAUAAGAUGUACGAAAGAAAGCGGAACAUUCGCAUGAAAAUAAAAGAAACGUACAUGAAAGAUUUUAAUCAAGAGAAGACGAGACUAGUGGUUUUUAAAAAGGACAAUCAAAUAGACGAUAUAACUGAACACAUACAAACAUGGUUUAAAGAAUGGUAUUAUGGCUAUGGGUUUUUCCCCGACUACCCUUACGAAAUAGAGGGUGGUACUGUCAUGGUGAUCCGUGGUGAUUAUCCCACUAUAGAUGAAAAAGUUGAAGAAGACGAGAAAUAUAACGCCAGUGUAAAGGGAAAAACUAAGGAAAUGUUAAAAGCGGAAAAGAAGCAAGCAAAAAUAGACGCGUUACUAAAAGAAGAAGCAGAUAGAGAACAGAAGAAGAAAGAAGAAGAACAGCUUUUCAAAUUGCGUUGUAAUCCGCAAUCCGACCCUGGAUAUAAGGCACAGACGUCACAAUAUAUGGGAGAUAUAGUGGAGGCUCUGCAAAAGUACCAAGCAGCAUGGUCGAUUUACGAUGACUUUCCCGCCUCCCAAAACCCGGAUGCAUUUUUCGGUUAUAUGCAAGUAAUAAUGACGGAAGAUAUUAUGGGCCAAAUGCAUGUGGAUUGCAGGAAAUAUGUUGACGAGCUUAUGAGGUUAGAUUUGAAGUUAUUAAUAAAAGCUCAACAGCAAAUGUACAAGGCAGUGGGUUGGAAGUUUCCCAAACUUAGACCAAGGAAGAAACCGAAGCCGCCAGCGGUUCCUAAACCUCUUAAAAUUGAUAGCAAUAUGGUGGAAGGUUUUGAGGCGCUUUUUGAUCAUGACCUAAUUUCAAAACCGACUUGCAAAAUAAGGGAUAUUGUUGGUGAUUUGAAAUAUGGCGUCUAUGAGUUUAAUGUGAAAGACCCGGAUGCUAAGUUCCCCACACCCGGCUAUGGCGAUAUUCGUAGACGUUUAACCCUCUCCUGCGUGUUCGGGUGUGGCACACCCGGCGCGGUGAGGAAUAAAGCUGUGAUGUUACUGGGCCCACCGCGGAACGGGAAGUCGUUUUUGGUGGACGCUGUGUGCGGUGAACUAAACGCCGUGAAAAUCGACAUAACUCCCGAAGUUUUUAGCGCGCAAUUUGACAGGCCGUCGAAAGUUUUGACAGAUGUAUUUUUGGCGGCAAGGGUCUUCCAGCCAGCUGUAAUUUAUAUGAGGAACAUUGAAAGAGUAUUUUGUAAAAAGGUUGCUCCGGAAGAUAAGUAUUUGCAAGCGAAAACUUUAAAAGCGUCUCUAACGAAGCUUCUCAAGCAAAUGUCGCCAGAUGACAAAAUUAUAUUUAUUGCCACAUGUUCCAACCCAAUGUCUGCACAAGCAAAACCUAUGGUGUCUAUCUUUAACGAAGUUAUUCUGGUGCCAAGAACGGAUUACAACAGUUUGAGACUGUUCUUCUAUGAAAGGUUUCAAAAAAUUCGCAGCAUGCCCAGAGAUUACUGUGUGCAAGCGCUCGCGCAGGUACUACAAGGCUACGGCUUUGGCUUGAUCAUGGAACUGUAUGACACUGUUAUCAAUGCUGAGAGGAUUGUAAGGUUAAAUGCCACACCGUUGACAGCUAUGGAGUUUUUAGGACCUCUCAUUGAAAUGGGUGUUGAAGCUACGAGCGAAGCAGAAUAUCAAGAAUACGUCAAUUUCUUUAUCACCAACUCACCCUUGGCCACAAAAAGGCAGAAGUACGAAAUAAUGAAUCAAGUGCGAGCCGCGUUUUAUGAGAAAAUGGAAAAGAAGAAAGAGAAAGAAAAAUCGUGAAAUAGGAUAUAUUAUUAGCCCAAGCCCGCAGGAUUAUUAGAAAAAUAGCAUAUAUUUUAAUAUGUACUAGCUUACCGCCCGUGGCCUCGCCCGCUAUGUCUAAAACCUAAUAAAUUAUAUACUUACUUAAACUUCCUCUUGAAUCACUCUAUCUAUUAAAAAAAAAACCGCAUCAA